CUUCCCUUCCAACAAACUUUUGCCCUCACACAGCGUGUCGCCGCUGCAGCGUCCAUGCACCACGGCGUCUCAUAUGUUCCACAGCUAGCGCUGCAGGUCUCGGACUGAUAACCUGGCGAGUCCGCCCCGAGUCAAUUAUAAAACAUUGUUGAUCCCACGCGCGUCUCGGCCUCUUCACGAUCGUGUCACAGAAGUUGACCGCGUAUUCUCGCUUCGGCCAUAAUGCGCUUGCGCGCUCCACUCCCGCUCGCCGUCGAUGGCGGUCGCUCUCCCUUGCCCGGCCUGCUUCCGGUCUUCUUGCUCGACCUGACCGUCCGCGGCGAUCCUCCCCGGCACGGUCGACGCGCUUCCGGAUCGUCCAAGCAUGUCUCAGCGCCGCGGGGUUCCAGCUGCAGGACGGGACACGGGCGGAGUGCAGGCCACGUCCGAGACCGGCGGCAAACGUAAGACACACUUGGGGGGUCCGACUUCUUUGAUUGGAAGAGUUGCAGCCGAGGCCUCGGCACACUGCGCACCGCUACCCUGCUGUGGCGCGCUGUGUUUCGAGCGAAUGAAAUAUGCCAGAUGCCAGGCCUUACCGUCCCUGCCCUAUAUAACCCGACCGCCCGAGUAGCCUCGACCCUCCUCGCUUCUUGCAUCCCCCUCCCACCCGCCCCAUAAAGCCCCUCGCCCGCCCCCGGCCUCGAGCCACCGACACUCCUUAGUCCCCAGUCACUCCUUGCUUUCGGGCCCCUCCGAACCAAUCCCUUGCGGUCGCCGUCCACAUCCUCGCAGACAUGAAGUUCGCAUACGCCGUCGCCGCCCUCGUCGCCACCGCCGCCUCCGUCCAGGCCGGCGAGACCAAUGGCCAACGCCUCGCGCGCGGUCUCUCCCCGAUGCCCCCCAAGAGGAUGUACCACCCUUCGCGCGCUUCUGAAGCGAAGCGGGCGACGCCCUCUGGUACUCCUCCCAGCGGUGGCAGUGGCAACUGCAACACUGGCCCCGUCCAGUGCUGCAACUCCGUCCAGAAGGCGGGCACUGGUGGCGUUAUUGGCGCUAUCCUCGGCCUCCUCGACGUUGUCCUCGACCCCGAGGCGCUCGUUGGUCUCCAGUGCUCUCCCUUGAGCGCUGUUGGUGUCGGUGGAUCUUCCUGCUCCUCGACGCCCGUCUGCUGUGAGAACAACAGCCAGGGUGGCCUGAUUUCCAUCGGUUGCAUUCCGAUUAUCCUAUAAGCAACCAAGGACCUAAUAAAAUAGACCGCCCGUGAUGGCCACCGCGACAAAUAUCCUCGUCUCCGUCUAAUAGUUUCAGGGCUCUCGCUACGUUAUCUGGUUUGAAAUGUAUCGUUUUCCUCUCGUCUUCCGUUACCCUCUUUGCACACUGUUGGAUAUACGUGACGACGAGCCGCGAUACUGCGCUAUACCCUCGAACCUUUGUCUCCCCUCGCGAUCCUCGGACUUGAGUUGUGUAUCCGGUCUCGCGUGCUGGAGGUGCUACUACGUCUCCCCCGCCGUAGAACUUUCUCCGUAUGCUCUAGGAUACACAUGCUCUUCCAAUUCACUCUGCUUUCUGGGCU